AUGGCUGUUUCAACUUUAAAUAUGACUCCCUAUUUUGCUGGAUAUCCCUUUCAAGGACAAGGUCGUGUCAAUCAAUUGGGUGGUGUUUUCAUUAACGGCCGUCCCUUACCCAACCACAUACGCCGUCAAAUUGUGGAAAUGGCAGCCGCUGGUGUACGUCCCUGUGUUAUCUCCCGCCAAUUGCGUGUUUCUCAUGGUUGUGUUUCCAAGAUUUUGAAUCGUUAUCAGGAGACAGGGUCCAUACGCCCUGGUGUUAUUGGUGGCAGUAAACCUCGUGUGGCCACUCCUGAUAUUGAGUCCAAAAUUGAGGAAAUGAAACAGGAAAAUCCUGGCAUUUUCAGCUGGGAAAUACGCGCUAAAUUGAUUGAGUCGGGUAUGUGUGAUAAGAACACUGCUCCCUCUGUAAGCAGCAUUAGCCGACUUUUACGUGGUGGCCGUUCGGAGGGUGGUUUAAAUGGCCAUUCUAUUGAUGGUAUUUUGGGACCCAUGUCCGGCAAUUCGGGUGAUGAUAGUGAGGAUGAUAGUGAACCUGGUGUAGAGCUUAAACGUAAACAAAGACGUUCACGCACCACCUUUAACAAUGAACAAAUCGAUGCCUUGGAACGUGUUUUUGCUCGUACUCAAUACCCUGAUGUUUAUACACGCGAAGAAUUGGCUCAAAGUACUGGUUUGACUGAGGCCCGUGUGCAAGUAUGGUUCUCCAAUAGACGUGCUCGUCUACGCAAGCAAUUGAACACACAACAAGUGCCUUCAUUCUCAGCGCCCGCUUCAUUCAAUACCUCUCCUACCGCCCAAUACCCCAGUCAUCAUAUGUCCUCUGCCGCCCAUAAUAUGGGUUUGUAUACUCAAUCUGCCUCCUCUUGGCCUGCCUUAACUGGAGUUGCUGCCAAUAGCUAUGAACAAAAUCAUACAUAUUCCCACUCUACUGGCUCUUUGGCUUCCUUGUCACCCAACAGCACCACCAGCUCUAGUUCUAACACUCAUACACCUUUGCAACAAAGUCCUCAACAUAACAACAACUCCGCCUCACCCUCUAACACUGCCAGCGGUAAUCAACAAAACUAUAUCAACAACUCCUCCUCCUCCAACACAUCCUAUGCUCCAGUUAAUCCUACUGCCUCAAACUCCACUAACUACUCCAGUUCAGCCUACAGCAUGCCCUCUAAUACCUCUGCCUUCUCCUCCUCUUCCGCUGAACAAUUACGUUCACAAUUUGCCUCCGCUGCUGGUGUAGCUUCCCAUCAUCAUCAUCAUCACCAUCAUGCCGCUGCUGCUGCCGCCUCCUGGGAUAGCUAUAACUUUGCCAACUCUUUCUUUCCCUCCGGCAAUAAUCACAUGAACUCCUAUCAUCAACCCAUUGUAGAUCCCAAAGCUUCUGCCUCUUCGUAUGCCUACUUUGGUUUCUAAACUCUCUAUCAUCUCUUAUCUCAUCUAUGCCGCUUCUUGUUAAUUUGCAUAACUCUCUCGUUUAUCUUCGUGUUAAUGAUCAAUUUAUAUUCUAAACCGAAAAAAUCAAAAUCAAAAGC